UUUGGGUUGCUUUAAACGUAUAAUUGAAGCCUUGGCUUUAGGCUUUUAAAGCAGGCCUCACUUUGCUUCUUCUGCCACUUCUGAAAAUGAUAAUGCCCAACGCUUUUUCCAGUACAAUUUGGCCCUGCCAUUCUUUUUCCCCUUUCCACAAAAGUCCCCACUCCUCCCCCUUCCUUCACUGCCAAAAUCUUGCACACACAAACUAAUUCCAAAUUCCAUACCAUCAAGGAGUAGAGGGUCCGGGCGGACCCCGCUGGACUGGGAUUCAAGAAUGAGAAUAGCGGUGAGCGCCGGCAGGGGGCUGGCCCACCUCCACAUCUCCGGCAAGGUGGUUCACGGCAACAUCAAGUCAUCCAACGUCUUGCUCCGCCCCGACCACGACGCCUGCAUCUCCGACUUCGGCCUCAACCCUCUCUUCGGCACCGCCACGCCGCCCAACCGGGUCGCCGGAUACCGUGCCCCGGAGGUCCUCGAGACCCGCAAAGUCACCUUCAAAUCCGACGUCUACAGCUUCGGCGUUCUCCUUCUCGAGCUCUUGACCGGAAAGGCCCCCAAUCAGCACUCCCUCGGAGAGGAAGGAAUCGACCUUCCCCGCUGGGUCCAGUCCGUCGUCCGGGAAGAAUGGACCGCCGAGGUGUUCGACGCCGAGCUCUUGCGAUUCCACAACAUUGAAGAAGAGAUGGUUCAGUUGCUGCAGAUCGCAAUGUCGUGCGUUUCCACGGUCCCCGAUCAGCGUCCGGCCAUGCCCGAAGUUGUACGGAUGAUCGAGGAUAUGAACAGAAGCGAGACCGACGACGGCUUGCGCCAGUCCUCCGAUGACCCUUCCAAGGGCUCCGACGUCAACACGCCGCCGGCGGAGUCGAGAACCCCACCAAGAGUCAUCACACCAUAGAAAAAGACUCGUCUGUGAAAAUGAAUUUUCUCGGGAAACAAACAGGCGUUAAGGGCUCAGAAGAUGGUGAAUGUUGGUGGGGCCUCCUUCAAAAUGUGCAUAAAAAAGGGAAAUUCAGUGAUUGAGGGAGGGGAGUGGUCCAAUUCUUCCAAUUCCCUUUGUAUUUCUUCAAGUUAUUUUAUUUUUAUUUUUAUUAAUUUGGUUUCUUUUUUUUUUUUUUUUAAUUUUUAGUUUGCAAUGAUUUUACUAGAUGGGGAGGGAAAAUGAAAUCUGUAUCAGGAGUGAUUGGGAUGUGGCAUGGAAGAUGGUGGUUGGAAAACUUGGGAGUUGGCCUUGUGGUCAAAAGAGAUUUUUAUUUAUUUUAUUUGAAUUUCUCAUUCUUA